AUGGCGGCCCCCAACGACCAAUUCUACCUCCGCUACUACGCUCUCAUCGUCGACGAGAUCAAGCGCAUCAUCAAGACGAGCGAGAUUCUGAAGGAAGAUGACUCAAAAUGGCCACAAAAGAACAAGGACGGGCGUCAGGAGCUGGAGAUUCGGUUGGGCAACGACCACAUCUCCUUUGAGACGGCCAAGAUCGGCUCACUGGUUGACGUGACAGAGUCUGCCGACCCUGAAGGCCUGCGCGUCUUCUACUACCUGGUGCAGGACUUGAAGGCGCUGGUGUUCAGCUUGAUUGCGCUGCACUUUAAGAUUAAGCCCAUUUAG